AUGAGUAACGACGAGGUUGAACAGCGCUGCACUGAACUACGACACGAAUUGAAGGCCUGGGAAAAGAAGUUCGCUGCAGAGAACAAUGGCCAAAAGGCGGGACGCGAUGAUAUCAAGGCCAAUGCCGAGAUCUCGCAAAUGUACAAAGAGUACAACAAGCUACGGGUACGAUUAUCAAGCAAAGCAGCACCACAGACCCCCUCGAAACGAGCCCCAAGCCGAAAAGCGAGCCUCGAUGUCGAACGCACACCAAAAGCCGCACCCAAGCCCACCGUCUCCACGCCGAUGAAGAGGAAACGAGAGGAUGACGAUGCAGUAGAGAACGCAGACCUAGCAGCCGAGCUUCUCUCGCCACAAGGACCCAACGUCAUAGGACCUACGCCCCAACGCGAUGGCAUAGUUCUAGGUCUCUUCGACAUGCUCCCGUCGGGCACGCCGAGCAAACCGAGGACUGUUCUAGGAGACGUAGGAUUGAAUGUGCCACAAACACCGAGUAGGAAGUUCCAAGAUGCAGCAAGCGAGACGUCACUAGAGUCAAGAGCUAGAGGAGAGCGGACACCACUGUCGGCGGGGAAGCGAUUUAUUCUGAAUCAGUUCGUCACACCAAAGAAGAGAAGGUUAGACGAGGAGGGUACACCAUCGUCCACGACACGAGGCCUAGCUACACCUGCGUUCCUGAGGAGAGACAACGUGCUGAGUGCUAUCGAUGAGGAUGAGGAGGAGCCCAUAUCACGGCCGGCACCUUGGAUGCGACGCGGACUUGGUCGCAGUCUGAGUUCCAUGAUACAAGCUAUGAGGAAAGACGAGGAUGACAAACUCGACGAAGAGGCCGACAUCAUGCGCGAACUGGAAAUGGAAGAAGAAGGCAUCGCCGUGCCCAGGAAACCUAGAGCGCCACAGAUCUUGAUCGAAGACAGCCAGGCGGCAAUGCCCCUAGGGCCAGACCGAGGUCUUGAGUCUGACGAAGACAGCGACGAAGAACCAGAACUCGGCCCUGACGGCAAGCCACGAAGGGUUUGGAAGAAGAAGGGCUUGAAGAGGCAGACACGGCGGGUGAUAAUGCGCCCGAACAUCGUAAAGCCCAAACCGACGCCAGCACUACAGGUACAGGACGAGCCAGAGGGAGAGCAAGCAGGGGUGCCGGAAACUCAAGUGCCGGCAGGUUUAGAAGACGAGUUUGGCUCAGAUUUGGACGGGGACUCGGACUACGCGAGUGAUGCUUCCCAUACCCCGAGGAGACGGAAAGUGCCCGCAAAGAAGCCAGAGCAAACCAAGGAGAAGCCGGCCAAAGAAGGCGUACUGAAGACGGCUGCCCGUAAGAUCAAGGCUACGGCAAAUGCUAAUUACCGGAGGCUCAAUAUCAAGGGUAAAGCAGGGACUGGUGCAAAGGGGAAGUUUGGAAGGAGGAGAUGA